CAGAACCUCCAACGGCCAGUACAGCUGUCCACGAUUAUUUUCUUAUUUCAUUUAGAGCGCAUGCGUCCGACCGCCUACUACUGAAAAAUGUACAUUUGUGUCGUCACUUGUUCUAAAGUGCAGAAACAAACUUACUAGACAGGAACCCCUACUACAGUAACAUUUUCAUAAACAUAACUGUAUUUGUAUGAAUGUUUUGAAUAAUGAUUUUGAGGGCAAUAUAAUGACACAUUUACAAAAACUGAGAUUUCUCAGCCCGAACGAAAUCUAGUAUUUAUACAUCUAUGCAAGUUGGUUGCUAUGGGGAUAGGACGCUUGGUCAUUGUUGCCUCGCUUGUCUUUUACCACCUCACUAGCUAACCAGCUAUGUUGACCUAAUGUUAAAUUUGACUUCACUUUGAAAAUUGAAAAGACAAGUGGAUUGAGCUAAAAAGGAGUCGUUCGCUUGGACACAUACGAGCCAUGCCUCAUCUGAAGAAACCUCGAAAAGUGGAGCCCCUGUCAAAAUUAUGGGACAGAAAGGCACAAAAGUGUGGACUGCGACACACUGUUUAUUCAGUCAAUGGAGAUGAAUACACCGGGGAUUGGCUGGACAGCAAGAAGCAUGGCAAAGGAACUCAAAUUUGGAAGAAGGCCGGGGCCAUUUAUGAUGGAGACUGGAAAUAUGGCAAACGUGAUGGAUAUGGGACCUACAGCAAACUCCUGUCUGUAACCAAUGAAUAUUCAAGGGAAUACUCAGGUGGAUGGGAAAAUGACAAAAAGCAUGGGUUUGGGACCUACUUCUACAGUGACACUGCAUGCUAUGAGGGAGAAUGGAGUGAGGAUCAGAAGAGUGGCUGGGGCAGGAUGUAUUAUGACAAUGGGGACAUAUAUGAGGGAGAAUGGCUGAAAAACAAACAUCACGGACAGGGCAUGCUUCGUCUCGCCAAUGAAAACAGGUAUGAAGGCAACUGGAAGUAUGGGAAGAAGAAUGGGCAUGGAAAGUUCUUUUACCUGGACAAAGGUCAGCUUUAUGAGGGCUUCUGGGUGGACGGAGUGGCCAAAUGUGGAACAGUCUCUGACUUUGGAAGAGCUGAGGCACCAACACCAACAAUAUACCCAAUUCCUAAGGUACAUCUGUUGGAUGUGAGAUCAGUUUUAAUGGAAACACAAUCAACAUUCCACAGUGAAUAGGACAAGCCAAAGAAGAACAUCAGAACACCCCAAAGUGCUCCAUCUCUGCUGAUCUCUGGACACCAUGCUCACUUACCAUGCUGUUAAAUGCCAUCAUGUAAUGAAUAAAGAGAGCACAUCAUCA